AUGGGGCGGGGGCGGCUGUAUGGGGCGGGGCGGUGGGGCCGGCAGUGGGGCGGACGGUGUCGGGGCCGCAUUUGGGCCGAAGGCGGCGGCGGAGCGGGACGCGCUGUGGCGCUAUCGCGACAUCGGAGGCGCCGUCGCGACAGCGGCGCGGGGGAUCUCCGGGCGGCGGCGGCGGCGGCGGCGGAUAUCGCGACAGAGGCGACGAUGUCGCGACAGAGCGGCGGUAUCGCGGCGGCACCGCCCGCCCUCCUCGUGUGGCUCUGCGCCGCUCUGAGCGCUGCAGCGGCCCCAUUGGACGUCCUGCGGGCGGUGGGCGCUCCCGAGCGCCCCCUGGGGGUGACGGCGACCCCCGGCGUUUGCCCCCAUAGCGCCAACGCGUUCAGCAUCGCCCCCCACGCGAAGCUCAGCGCCCCCACGCGGCGGAUCCUGCACGGGCCGCUGCAUUCGGGGUUGGCGCUGUCGGCGCUGCUCCGUUUGGAUUCGGGCGCUGUGGUUCCGCUGCUGUCCGUCCGGGACGGCGCUGUGGGGCGGCACUUUGGGGUCCGCGUCGGCCCCACAUCGCUCACCCUCUUCUAUGGGGCGGACGACGGCAACGGGGACGGCGACGGGGACGGCGAUGGGGACGGCCGCCCCAUAGCGCAGCACCGCGUGCACUUCAGCAACGUACGCAUCGCCGAUGGACGCUGGCACUCGCUGGUGGUGGCCCUGCGUGGCUCUGUGCUGUCCGUGCAGUUGGACUGCAGCCCUAUGGGGUCGCGCCCCAUCGCCGCCCCACAUCUCCUCCUCCACCUCCUCGGCCGACCCCAAACCCGGGGGGUCAUCAGCAUCGGGAAACCCCAUGGGGGCGGAUUUAAGGGCGCGCUGGAGGAGCUGCUGCUGUGGUCGGACCCCCGCGCCGCUAUGGGGCGCUGUUCCCCCCCACGACGGCGCUGCGCCGCACAGCGGCCACAGAGCGACAUGGCGGCACUGCGGAACGCGGCGGUGCUUCGAGGGCUGAAGGGCGACAAAGGAGAAGCGGCCGCCAUUGAACCCGGCAUGCUGGUGGAAGGCCCCCCAGGCCCCGAAGGUCCGGCGGGUCCGUCGGGCCCCCCGGGGACGCAGGGACCGCCGGGAGCAGCGGGAGACCCCGGGGAGAGGGGCCCCCCGGGUCGGCCCGGCCUGCCUGGCUCUGAUGGGACCCCCGGACCCCCCGGGACGGCCAUGAUGCUGCCGUUCCGGUUCAGCAGCGCAGCUCUGAAGGGUCCGACGGUGGGGGCGGCCGCCGUGGCGGCUCAGGAGGCGCACGCACAGGCAGCGCUCAUGCAGGCCAGGAUGGCCCUACGGGGCCCCCCCGGCCCUAUGGGAUACACCGGGCGGCCCGGACCUAUGGGCCAACCCGGCAGCGUCGGCAUGAAGGGCGAAAGCGGCGAUUUCGGCCCUCAGGGACCCCGAGGACCGCAGGGCCUCAUCGGACCGCCGGGGAAACCUGGAAGGAGGGGUCGGCCGGGAGCGGACGGAGCGCGGGGGGUGCCUGGAGAACCCGGUGUGAAGGGCGACCGCGGCUUCGACGGCUUACCGGGACUGCCGGGGGACAAAGGGCACCGCGGAGAGAGCGGUGUGCGGGGGGAGCCCGGACCCCCAGGAGAAGACGGAGAGAGGGGGGACGCCGGCGAUGUGGGGCCUCGUGGGAUGCCCGGAGAGGCGGGUCCGCGGGGGCUGCUGGGCCCCAAAGGACCCCCCGGAAUCCCCGGACCUCCGGGCGUGCGCGGGAUGGACGGCCCCAUUGGCCCCAAAGGGAACCUGGUGAGGGGGGGGGGCACAAAAGGGGGGGG